AUGACAACGAAUAUGCCUUUACAGCAUAUGUACCAAGGCAAAAAUAUUUCCAAACUAUUAACUUCGUAUCGGUUUGAAGCAUUACGAAUGGGACAAACAUCGGUUUUGUUAAUUGGACAAAUUAUCAUGAAAUUUUGUCAAACAAUUCUCCAGGCAAUGUGUAAUAUACACAGUGAAAAAAAGGUUACCAUAACUACCGCAAUUGUUGGAUUAGAAGAAGUUGAAAAGACCGUAAGAAAAUCAUUGACAAAGACUUUUCCUAAUCCCACGGAUCAGAAAAUAUUUGAUAUAAUGCAAACGAAAGACAUUCCUAUCAAACCGUUAGAUGACCCUUUAGUGAAG